CCAGGUUGCGUCCCGGGGCCCACGUGGUCACAGGAGGCGCCAGGGCCAGGUAGGUGGAGGGUGACCCGGCCCGGGGGCGGGGCGGCCUCUCCCCUGGGGACCCGCUGUUCUGUGCCCUCCCUCAGCCAUGGGCGUGCAGCCCCCCAACUUCUCGUGGGUGCUCCCCGGCCGGCUGGCGGGGCUGGCGCUGCCCCGGCUCCCUGCCCACUACCAGUUCCUGCUGGACCAGGGUGUGCGGCACUUGGUGUCGCUGACGGAGCGCGGACCCCCGCACAGCGACAGCUGCCCCGGCCUCGCCCUGCACCGGCUGCGCAUCCCGGAUUUCUGCCCGCCGGGCGCGGAGCAGAUCGACCGCUUCGUGAAGAUCGUGGACGAGGCCAACGCCCGGGGAGAGGCGGUGGGAGUGCACUGCGCCCUGGGCUUUGGCCGCACGGGCACCAUGCUGGCCUGUUACCUGGUGAAGGAGCGGGGCCUGGCUGCAGGAGACGCCAUCGCUGAGAUCCGGCGCCUUCGACCCGGCUCCAUCGAGACCUAUGAGCAGGAGAAGGCGGUCUUCCAGUUUUACCAGCGAACGAAAUAAGGGACCUCAGCACGCGUCUGCCAGGCACCCCGCGGCCCUCUCCCAUGCGUUCAAUGGGGCCAGAGACGCGGAAGCGGACUAAUCAACUGCUAAGCCCUCCAGUGCUCGGCUUGCUCAAGAGACUGAAGUAGCCCUUCCCUGCAGGCAGGUCCUGGUAGGAGGGAUGGCUGGAGCUGCACCCAUGUGGGGGCGGGGGGGGGGGGGGAGAUCCCUCUGCAGCUGCCUUGAAUAAAUAAAGAACCAGCU